UCCUCCUCCUCGUGCAGCUGCUCCAGCUGUGCGUGUGUGUGUGUGCUCGCCCGCCGGUGUGCGUGCCUACGUGCCGCUUCCUUUCCGCUCGCCCUCGCGUUCAAUGUUGCAACCACCAUGACAGGCAUCGCCGCUGCCUCCUUUUUCUCCAACUCGUGCCGUUUCGGAGGCUGCGGGCUGCAUUUCGAUACCCUGGCGGAGCUGAUCGUCCACAUCGAGGACAACCACAUCGAUACGGAUCCUCGCGUGCUUGAGAAACAGGAGUUGCAGCAGCCCACAUAUGUCGCUCUCAGCUACAUAAACAGGUUCAUGACAGAUGCGGCGAGGAGAGAGCACGAGACUCUGAAGAAGAAAGUUCAGCCGAAGCUUUCUCUCUCUCUGACAGGCAGCCUGUCACGUAACAGCGUGUCCACUCCGCCCCGACACACCAGCGGCAACCUCACUCCACCUGUGACGCCCCCUAUUACACCUUCAUCAUCGUUUAGGAGCAGCACUCCCACAGGUAGUGAGUACGACGAGGAGGAAGCAGACUACGAGGAGUCCGACAGCGAUGAGUCUUGGACCACCGAAAGUGCCAUUAGCUCCGAGUCCAUCCUCAGCUCCAUGUGCAUGAACGGAGGUGAUGAGAAACCUUUCGCCUGCCCCGUGCCUGGCUGCAAAAAGAGAUACAAGAACGUGAACGGUAUCAAGUACCAUGCCAAGAACGGCCACCGCACUCAAAUCCGUGUGCGCAAGCCGUUUAAAUGCCGCUGUGGGAAAAGCUACAAGAGCUCACAGGGUUUGCGCCACCACACCAUCAACUUCCACCCGCCCGUCUCGGCUGACAUCCUCCGUAAGAUCCAGCAGUAGAGCGGGCCUCUGUGCCAAUCCCGACCCUUCACACACACUCACACACACAGACACACACAAAACACAUGUUCCAUGGUUUAGAAGCUGUUGCUGCAUUUGAUACCUUUCUCACUUUGUUACUCUUUACUCCUCCUUGUCCUCCACGAGGAAGAUUCUGUCCCCUUCAUUCCACCUCUCCAUGAGGAAACUUGUACGCCUUCAUUUAACUCUUCCAUUGGGAAGACUCUUUCUAUCUCACCAUCUUUUCAUACCUCAUUUAGGAGGUUCUCUGUAUCCCGGUUUUCAUUCCAUCUCUUUGUAAAGAGUAAAACCCUUUUACCCUUUUAAUUCAAGGAGCUCCUAUGUUCCCUUUACACUACUCUUUGAAUUGCAUGCUUUUUUUUUUUUCUUUUUUUGUAUCCUGUUAUCUGUUCUGUGUCUAUUUGAGAUGAUGUAUCAUAGUAGAGUUUGCAGUUUUGUACUUUUGCACAUUCAAAUAUUUUUCUUUUUCUGUCUUGUAUUACUAUUGAUAUAAGGUGCUUAUUGUAAAAAUUGUUGGGACAUGUUGAGACAAGAAAAGGCUUGGCGUCGCUGUCGGGUAAGUUCCCAGCAUUUGCUGUCGCCACUUGGGGCAGUGUGUGAUGCAAGUCAAAGCCACACCAUCAGAGUUCAACCAGCAUGUCUUUUUUGGCUUCUGACAAGAGAAAAGGGCAAACAAACAAACAAAAAAAACAGCAGGGCAGAACAUUUCUGACUGUUUGUGCUACCCAAUAAGAAUAUAACCAACUUUUUUAGUUGUAGGUUAUAAUAAAUGCAUAUAGGCUUUCAUAAUCAGAUAUUAAAUAUAUCCGUUUAUUUCCAUCUUUUUUGUUUUUUUUGCAUUUGCAGUAAAAAAAAAAAAUUCCAGGAAAAACAUUAAAUUUGGGAGUUUAACCUUUAAAACUUAAGUAAGUUUAAUCCUGUAUAUUUCAUUCCUUUGGGGGGGUCGUCGUGUUUUACACCUAUUUAACAAUCUCAGGUGACAGAUUGCCAGCAUUUCAGACACAUUAUAUUGCCCAUGUGGUCUAAUGGUAUUUUUUGUAUACAGUUGUUACACAGGUCCCAGGCCAGCUGUGGCUGGUGUGUUCUAGAACCUCUGGAGCAUUCUAGAACUCCACAGUUAAAUCAAUUGCCUGUUAAAGGACCUAAAGCACUUUGUAGCACCUAGUUGCCAACCUUGUUAGGAAGUUUCCAUUGCCAACACGUCAGGGGCUGCAGAGUCCUACCUACCUACCUACCUACCUACCUACCUGCGAGUCACUGAGUCAAUUCUACACACUUCUUUGGGUUUAGAGUACAUGUACUCCUCUUCCUUUUUUUCCGGUCUAGGGGAUUUAUUUUAUUAUCUUUCAUCAAAGCCCCAAAGUGUGUGUUAGUUUAAAAUGAUAACUGAUUGCCUUGAACUCUUAUGGACCAUAAUAAUUUCAUAGCUUUGGUGUAAGAAGUCGAUCCAGAUUGUGAUGUUGUCUUUUGACCCUGGCUGGCAUUACCCGAGCUGCCGUUCAGAUGGACAGAUGAAAGUUCCCAAUAUUAAAACUACAGUGGAGCAGUUGCCCAUCACCGUCUUCGGUGUCAACAGUGUUUUACCUAAUGUGGCAGUGGGAUAAAACUCAGGGAUGUCCUGUCCCAGAGUUAUAACUUCAUUUUUUCUGCCUUUUCUGCUUAAGUACAAGUCAGACAGGAGCAGACUUCAGAUUACCAGCAGUAAUCUUGCAAGCUCUUUUGCAUUAAAUAGAAUAGUUAGAAUAGUAAAAGAUGUUUUAAAAUGUUCUAUCCUAUAAUUAGUCACCCUUCUCUAGGCAGUUUGAGAAGAAAACCAAGAAGAGAUAGCAGAGAAAGCCCUGAUCAAGGGCCAAGCUGCCAAUCACCCACGAUCAUGACAUUCUUACUGCAUGGAAGUCGAUGUAAUGGAGUUUUCUGUUUAAAUGAACAUUGUGACAGUAUUAUACUGCCAGUCUAGAGGGAAGUAUUGGACAUGUUGUGCAUAGUUUAUGUAUUAUGUAUCUGUGUAAGUGCAUUAAAUUAUAUAUUUUCAUACAUUUCUUUUGGGGAGGGGGGGAUCCUACGUAAUGUAACGUAAUGCCAUCAACACCAGGGGUUGUUUGUAAACUGGUGUCUUUCUUCAACAAAAAGAAAAAAGCAAAACUGACAAAAAAAGCUGCUUCAUAAAUGUAAACCUGGUCACAAGUUAAAUAUUAAAUGGCCUCUGAUGUGUUUCGAAUAA